AGAAAUCAUCUCAGUUCAGACUUUCUCUCUCUAAUUCUUGAAAAAGACUGUAUCUUUAGAGUGUAUUUACAAUUCAAGAACAUAGUUUUUGCUUCACCAACAAUGGCGGCCAACAAUUUUGCAACUUUGGUCCACAAUAACACAAACAACAUCACUUUGAUCCUUGUUUAUGCUUUUCUCGAAUGGGUUUUGAUCUUUCUUCUUCUUCUCAAUUCCAUUUUCUCAUACCUAAUCGUUGAAUUCGCUAACUACUUUGGUCUUAAACCGCCAUGUCCAUGGUGUUCACGUAUCGAUCAUUUCUUAAACCCUAAAAAGGGAAAAGAUUUUCAGAAAGAUCUUCUAUGUGAAAACCAUGCCGCUGAGAUUUAUCAUCAUCUGGGUUGUUUUAAGAAUGGAAGUUCAUUAUCUGGUGAAGAAGAAUGUUUGAAGGGAGAUGAUGGAUCCAAUGGAAAUGUUCUUCCUCAACAACAUCUUGAGUUCUUUCUUGGUCAUGAUGGGUUUCGUCUAAUUCCUAUUGAGUUAAUCGAUUCGAGGUCUGAUGAACAUAAGGUAAAAUGCGAAAACAGAGAGAAAGAUCUUGAUUUUGAAUUGAAUGAGACAAUGGAGAUGGAAGAGAAUCAGAAUUCAAUAAUAGAACAGAAGAAUCCAAAAGCUUAUUCAGAAGUAGAAUAUGAAGAUGAAGAUGAAGGUGAUGAAUUUCUUCAAUUGCCAUUGAAUGAAACUGAAGCAGAUGUAUCAAUAGGAACAGAGAUUCCUGAUCUAGACCUUACAGAUGAGAUUUCUGUAACUGUUCUAAACGAGGAACAGUUCGAAUCAGAGACGAUAGAACUGAAACCCAUUUCAAUUGAGUUAACAGAACAUCAUCUUCUCUCAAUCGAUGAAGAAAAUAACAAUCUUGUUGAGGAAGAGAAGGUUCCAGAAACUCCAACUUCUCUCGACAGUUUCCAUCAAUUACACAAGAAGACCGAUGAAUCUUUAGAUGGGAGUGUGGUAAGCGAGCCCGAGGGUAUAGAUGGGAUUUCAUCGGUGGAGAAACUACAAGCUGCGUUGAGGGCAGAGAGAAAGACUUUACACGCCCUUUACAUGGAGCUAGAAGAGGAGAGGAGCGCUUCGGCUGUGGCUGCUAACGAGACAAUGGCGAUGAUAAACAGGCUUCAAGAAGAGAAAGCCGCAAUGCAAAUGGAGUCUUUGCAAUACCAGAGAAUGAUGGAUGAGCAAUCCGAGUAUGAUCAAGAAGCUCUCCAAUUGUUGAACGAUCUUAUGACGAAGAGGGAACGGGAGAAGCUAGAGCUCGAGAGAGCUUUGGAGAUUUAUCGAAAAAGGGUUAUCGAAUACGAAUCGAAGGAAAAGACUAAAAGGGGGAAUAGGAGUAUGAGAAGUGAGUCUUCUUGCGGUUCCUCGAUUCACGCGGGGGAAAGCGACGGUCUCUCGAUUGAUUUGGAUCGCGAAACGGAGAAUCAUAACACCCCAGUGGAUGAAGUGUUGAAGUUGGAGGAGACGUUGGGGAAUUACGAGGAUGAGAGGGUUCAAAUCUUGCAACGGCUCCAGGUUCUUCAACAGAAGCUUUUGAUUAUAGAAGAUAAUGAACAUGGCUAUCGUUUUAAUAGGGAGGGAGAUCUUGAAGUCCAAAAAAUGGAUGGAACUAAUGGGAAACUAAUGGGUGCUGAAGGGAAGAGACUUCUUCCUCUAUUCGAUGCGCUUCAUGAUGUAAAUGGCUCCGAUGAUGAAUUAGGUCCACAUGGAUGCAGUUUUAAUGGGGAAUAUGGGUAUUUCGAGGGAUGCAGUUUUGAUCCGAUUGAACUCGAGGAAAGGAAGGUUGCUGUUGAAGAGGAAGCGGAUCAUCUUUUCGAAAGGCUUCAAGCCGUCGAAGCUGAUAGAGAGUUCAUAAAGCAUUGCAUUAGGUCAUUGAAGAAAGGAGACAAGGGCAUGGAUCUUCUCCAAGGAAUCCUUCAACACCUUCAAAAUCUUAGAGAAGUGGAGUUUCAAGCUAAGAACAUCGACAUCAACUAUGACGAUGAUCCUCUCUUAUGAAAUUUGUGUACAAACGUAGAUUGAGUUGUCGAAUUGAUGUCGAAAAAGAAAGUGGGAAGAGGGUAGAAUUCUUGGUUUUGAAAGGUAAAGGAGAGAAAAAGAAAAGGGAGCCCUCUUUGAUAGGGGAAGGAGGCUCUAGAGGACAAAGGACUUGACACCAAAUAUCCCUUUUACAUUUUUUUCUUCAUUUCUUUCAAUUAUAAAGCCUUUCUUUUGUAGGGUUGGGUGCCCAUAAUACUUAUUUCUUCCCCUUUUAAGGGUAAAAAGGAGGAAGAUGUAGUGUUUUGUGUGUAGUAGGAUAGUGGAGGUGUAUAUCCACCAUGUGUUAUUUGUAUUUUCUUAGAAGAAAAAAAAUUGUCAUAGUUGGCACUAGUUUUAUUAUUUUAAUUUAUUUUCAGAAGUUUUAGGGAUAUUAUUAUUACUAUAUCUAUUAUUAUUUAAAGGGUAAAGAAUUUGUUGUGUUAAUUAAUUAGUUGUAUAUUGUUAUUAUUACAUGUAUCCAUUAUUGUUUUUAAGUAAAUGAAAAGUGGGUGUUUGGU